AUGAGUCGGGCUGUUUUGCAGCGUAUUUUGAGGAGCAAGAGUUACAAAAGCUUCGAAUUGAAGUUGCUAGCUUGCGGUCUUAAUUUUGACUUCUUGUACGGUUUUUGGCCAAACAUCUAUCUAGAACCGGGGAUAGAGAACUUCCUACAUCAAUAUCUACAAUUUCAUAAACAUGGGAAGAAGCUCACUUCUGAUGUAUGUAAGCUCCUUUUAACGGCUUCAAUAAUGUACAAGAUAUCAACGAAUUUUAUGGAGAAUGUGUUCCUAUUUGACACCCCGAUGACGCUGCAGCGAUUCGAGAAUUCGAUGCCCUUCGAUGUUGUCAUUGAUGCAGCAAAAAGAAUGGCUUUGUUAGUCUGUAUUCCAUUUGGGAAAAAGCUCGAUAUGGUGAAGAUACCAUUAUUGCAACACUUGACACCGGUAUCUGGCCUGAAUCCAAGAGCUUUAGCGACAAUGGGAUUGGUCCCAUUCCUUUGGAAAGGAAUCUGUCAGUUCGAAGGCCAUAAGCAACACCUUUGCAACAGACAACUGAUUGGGACCAGGUACUGCAACAAGGGUUUCGAAGCCUACAUGGAGACGCCCCUCAACUCAUCAUUCCAAAACGCGCGCGACUCGGAGGGCCACGGGACCCACACCCUCUCGACGGCCGCCGGGAGCUUCAACCCCUCGGCCAGCGUGUUUGGUGUCAGGAACGGUACCUCCAAGGGCGGGUCCCCCCGGGGCCCGCUCUGCCGCCUACAAGGUGCUUUCGACGUGGCCAUUGACGAUGGGGUUGACGUUCUCUCUGUCUCCCUUGGAGGGGGUACUGAUGACUAUUUCAACGACGGCAUCGCCAUUGCUUCCUUUCAUGCCGUGCGUAGAGGAGUCUCGGUAGUGGCAUCUGCCGGGAACUGCGGGCCCGAUAUUACGGCUCCAGGUGUUGACAUAAUAGCUUCUUAUACCGAGGCAACAAGCCCGACCGAGUUGGACUUUGACCACCGCAGGACAGCUUUCACGGUGAUGUCUGGGACCUCAAUGUCUUGUCCCCAUGUUUCGGGUGUUGUGGGCCUGCUCAAGACAUUGUAUCCCAAUUGGAGCCCAGCCGCAAUUAGAUCCGCCGUCAUGACAACCGCGAGGACUCGUGACAACACCGGUAAGCCAUUGUCGGAUUCCAGCCACGAAAAGGCCACGCCGUUUGCAUAUGGGUCGGGUCACAUCAGACCAAACCGCGCCCAAGACCCUGGCCUGGUCUACGACCUGACGGUCAACGACUACCUUGACUUCCUCUGUGGGCUCGGCUACGACCAGUACCAGCUGGCCCAAUUCACCUCCUCUCACUAUGAAUGCCCAACUGACUACAGUGUGCUCGACUUCAAUAACCCGUCCAUCACGGUCCCAACAGUGAAUGGGUCUGUCACUGUUGCCCGGAAGGUGAAAAAUGUGGGCCAGCCCGGGAAGUACACCACGCGCAUCCGCCACCCACCCGGUUUCAGGGUCUCUGUAGGCCAGCCCGGGAAGUACACCACGCGCAUCCGCCACCCACCCGGUUUCAGGGUCUCUGUAGAGCCCAACGUGCUGGAAUUCAAGAAAAUCGGGGAGGAGAAGGUGUUUAGGGUGACUAUAAAGGCCAACAGAGGUGUCAAGAGUGGGUAUAGCUUUGGGGAGCUUUUGUGGUCUGAUGGGAGGCAUUAUAAUGAGGAUGACACUUGCGAAGCAAAUGAGGUGGACACGCAUAGGCAUGGCUUUCCGCCGCUGCUCAGUCAGCUUUCUCAACACCUCUCGUUCACCACGCCCACCGUCUGCUGCUAUUUAUUCUCAUCAGAUCGUGUUUCUUCCUUCAUUACUGCUCGCUUGAACAGUGCGGGCUUUAUUCGAAGUCAGGGACUUAUAGGAGGAAAAUGGACGGAUGCAUACGAUGGGAAGACUAUUGAGGUCCAAAAUCCUGCAACUGGUGAAGUAAUAACAAAUGUUUCAUGCAUGGGUAGAAGGGAAACGAAUGAUGCAAUUGCUUCAGCACAUGAUGCAUUUCUUUGUGAGUUUCUUCAGGCCAUUCCAUCUGCUGUUCUGUUUUUAAUUUUGCUUUUUGGUCCUCUCCUUUUUGGGCUGCAUUACAAGAAGUAUGUUGGCGUGGUGCUUUGCAUUGUCAAAGCCGGAACACAUAGAACGCAUUCUCCAGAAAAUUCGUUGAUAUCUUGUACAUUAUUGAAGUCGUUAAAAGGAGCUUACAUACAUCAGAAGUCAGAAAUGAAGAGGAGGAACAAUGAACUCCAUGAGAAAGACAGACGACCUCCUCCAGAGAAAAGAGGAAGAGGACCUAAAGAGGAAAUACCUGAAAAACGAGCACCUCCGUUUAAAGGAAAGAAGGAGAGGACAUCCAGAGGAAAGACGAUCACAACAUCUUCCAUGACCUCCAGGAGGAUGAAGCAUGACCAAUUCGCAACAAUGAUGAUGCUUGUUUCAUAUGGUGGAGGUACUGGUCAGGCUUUGUCCUCCAGAGGUCAUGGAAGAGGUUGGUCGUUUUUCCUCUGGAUGUCCUUUCCUUUGAACGUUUCCUUUGAACUAGGUGUUGGUCGUUUUUCAGGAGCAAGAGUUACAAAAGCCGAACCAGGGAUAGCUUGCGGUCUUAAUUUUGACUUCUUGUACGGUUUUUUGCCAAAUGAGAACUUCCUAUCUCAAUAUCUACAAUUUCAUAAACAUGGAAAGAAGCUCACUUCGAUCAGUGAGCAAAAGGCUAGAGAUUCCAUGUUCUACUCAUACAAGAGGAAUAUAAAUGGGUUUGCCGCACUUCUUGAGGAAGAAGAGGCUGCUGAGAUUGCUAAGUAUCCAAAGGUGGUAUCAGUACUAGAGGACAAAGGUAGAAAUUGCACACAACUCAAUUCAUUGGAUUUUCUUGGCCUGGAAAAGGAUGGCUUUGUUAGUCCGUAUUCCAUUUGGGAAAAAGCUCAAUAUGGUAUCUGGCCUGAAUCCAAGAGCUUUAGCGACAAUGAGAUUGGUCCCAUUCCUUCCAAGUGGAAAGGAAUCUGUCAGUUCGAAGGCCAUAAGCAACACCUUUGCAACAGCGUGUUUGGUGUCGGGAACGGUACCUCCAAGGGCGGGUCCCCCCGGGCCCAAGCUGCCGCCUACAAGGUGUGCUGGGGCGACCACUGCUUCGAUGCUGACAUCAUGAAGGCUUUUGACGUGGCCAUUGACGAUGGGGUCGACGUUCUCUCUGUCUCCCUUAGAGGGGCUGCUGAUGACUAUUUCACCGACGGCAUCGCCAUUGCUGCCUUUCAUGCUGUGCGGAGAGGAGUCACCGUAGUGCCAUCUGCCGGGAACAGCGGGCCCUCCCCCGGGACUGUGUCGAAUGCAGCCCCGUGGAUCAUAACUGUCGGGGCAAGCACGCUCGACAGAAAGUUUGAUGCAGAUCUCAAAUUGAGGAAUGGUCGAGUGUUCAAGUCGGAGAACAAAUUCUACCCUCUUAUUAGCGCGGCCGAUGCUAAAGCUGCCAAUGCAACCGAAGUGGAUGCUCAACUCUGCAAACCGGAUACGUUGGACAUGAAAAAGGUGAGGGGUAAAAUAGUUGUUUGCCUAAGAGGAGAAAACGCACGAGUUCAGAAGGGUGUGGUGGCGGCACGUGCGGAUGCUGUUGGGAUGAUUCUCUGCAACGACGAGUCUUCCGGAGAGCAGAUCAUGUCUGACCCACAUUUUCUACCGGCCACACACAUCGGUUAUGAGGAUGGCCGUACUCUCUUUGCCCAUUUAAUUAGUACCAAGUAUCCACAAGGUCUUAUUACUAUUCCAAAGGUGCUGCUGAAUACAAAACCGGCACCUUUUAUGGCCACCUUCUCAUCCAGGGGACCCAACACCAUUACCCCGGAAAUCCUCAAGCCCGAUAUUACGGCUCCAGGUGUUGACAUAAUAGCUUCUUAUACCGAGGGAACAAGCCCGACAGAGUUGGACUUUGACCACUGCAGGACAGCUUUCACGGUGAUGUCUGGGACCUCAAUGUCUUGUCCCCAUGUUUCGGGUGUUGUGGGCCUGCUCAAGACAUUGUAUCCCGAUUGGAGCCCGGCCGCAUUUAGAUCUGCCAUCAUGACAACUGCGAGGACUCGUGACAACACCGUUAAGCCAUUGUCGGAUUCUAGCCACGAAAACAUCAGACCAAACCGCGCCCAAGACCCUGGCCUGGUCUACGACCUGACGGUCAACGACUACCUUGACUUCCUUUGUGGGCUCGGAUACAGCCAGGCCCACCUGGCCCAAUUCACCUUGUCUCACUAUGAAUGCCCAACUGACUACAGUUUGCUUGACUUCAACAACCCAUCCAUCACGGUCCCAAAGGUGAAUGGGUCUGUCACCGUUGCCCGGAAGGUGAAGAAUGUGGGCUGGCCCGGGAAGUAUACCUCGCGCAUCCGUCAGCCACCCGGUUUCAGGGUCUCGGUGGAGCCAAAAGUGCUGGAAUUCGAGAAAAUCGGGGAGAAGGAGUUUAGGGUGACUAUAAAGGCCAACAGAGGUGUCAAGAGUGGGUAUAGCUUUGGGGAGCUUUUGUGGUCUGAUGGGAGGCAUUAUGUUGAUGUGAAUGGAUGGCUUGAGGCUUUUGCUGCUCAUCCUCAGAUUGAUGAAAGCCCUUCAAAGGCUCACAAGAGUUCAACCAGUGCUCAGUUUAGUUCUCAUGUUACUUUUACUUUUUUUUUGUUGGCUUCCCCCUUUUAUUUUAUUUUUAAUGUUUAUGUUAAUUCAAGAAUAUUUCUAUAGUUUUGUGGUUUAUUUGUUGUUUGUUAUUCAAGAAUAAUUCAAGAAUAUCUCUCACAAAUUUAUAUACCAUUUUUGUUUGAGUGACAUACUAGGUAAAUUAUUUUUUCAUGUUGAUUGUUAAUAAAAUAUUAUGAUAUGUUCAUAGUAUUUUUUUAAGCUUCACAAGGCGAACCGAACGGAGAAGGUUCUGCCCGGUUUUCAUGGCUGUUGGAUGUGUGGGCUCCAAGCGGUUUGUUUGCUUGGGCCGGACUGGUGGUCUAGAGGGCCUGACAGGAAUUUUGGUGCAAGGCUGCUGAAGGCGGAUGGACUCGACAGCAUCGUUCUGGACUUUCAUAUCGAAGGUCGCCUGAACGGGCAUAUCCUGGCCAUAGAAGAUGUUGCGCGGGGUCGGUAGGCUGGGCUGAGCGUGGGGCUGCGAGCGGGUGCCGUCGACGACAAGAGCAGCUGGUCGGAGACGCAACUGCGUUUUCUGGUAUUUUCCAGCUGAAUGGAAAACAAGACGGAGCUUUUUAGAAGUCUGCCAUGGUGCUUCACGUGAAAAUUAUGCUGCCUUAUUUUCUGAAAAUUUUUUUGGCAAGGAUAACGUGUAAAAAAGAUGGUCCCAAUUUUCCGCAGAAAUUUUUGGGCGAGAGAAAGCAAUUGCAGUUUCGUGCCAAAUUUUUCGGCUCUUCAAGUUGAAGAGAGAGAGUUUUGGUUUGACGACGUGUGUAAGUGAUUAAUCUGAUAAAAAGACACUUGACGUUGGAUUGUAAUUUAGUGUCAUAUUAGUUAGAAUUAUUGUCAUUAUCUAUAGUUCAAGAUUUUUAAUU